GCGGUCCACCUCCUCCACCGCCUCCUCCCCCGCCAGCGGCUUCCGGUGCGCCACCACCACCGCCUCCCCCAGGAGACUCAGCACCACCUCUUCCACCGGCCGGCGGCGGUGGAAGAGAGGAUCUUAUGGCAGCUAUCCGGGCAAGAGGUGGCGGUGGUCUGCGGAAGGUCAAAGAUUCCGAGAAGAGAGAUCGAAGUGCGGCUAUGAUUCCUGGUGCGGCCAACGACACGCCGGCAACAUCGGCGCCUGCUGCGGGCGGACCUCAGGGAGGAUUGGCUGGCGCUCUUCAGGACGCGCUUGCUAAGCGGAAGCAGAAAGUCAGCGGUAGCGAUGACGAAAACGAGGACGACGAUGACUGGUGA